UUUCACUUCUAUCCCAUUGGCGACUCUUACCUUUUUACUUGCACAUGAAAAUUUAGGUAUAUAAAAAGGAUAGUGGGGUUUACAUAGCAACUAGAAAAAUAAAAAAUAAAAACAGAGCAAAAAUGGAUUCAAGUUCAAACUCAAUCCCAAACUCUUCCACUUCAGAUUUUUCCUCAGAAUCCUCUUCCUUAGAAUUCAAUUAUCUUCCUUUCAACGAAAACGAUCCCGAAGAGAUGCUUCUGUACGGCAUGAUAAACGACGCCAACGCCAACAACCUCAACAAUCAAGAGGUGAGUUCUGAAGAGAACGAACCGAGGAAGGAGAAGUCGUACCGAGGGGUUAGAAGAAGGCCAUGGGGUAAGUUCGCGGCGGAGAUAAGGGAUUCAACGAGGAAUGGAAUGAGAGUAUGGUUAGGAACGUUUGAUAGUGCUGAAGCUGCAGCUUUGGCUUAUGAUCAAGCUGCUUUUUCAAUGAGAGGUUCUUCAGCUAUAUUGAAUUUUCCUGUUGAGAUUGUUAGGGAAUCACUUAGUGAUAUGAAUUGUGGCUAUCAAGAAGGCUGUUCCCCUGUUGUUGCUCUUAAGAUGAAACAUUCUUUGCGAAGGAAAAUUGGUUACAAAAAGAACAAAGAAAGAGAUUUAAGGAAAAACAAUAAUAUUGACAAUGCUGUUGUGUUUGAAGACCUUGGUGCUGAUUAUUUGGAACAUUUGUUGAUGUCCUCUGAUGAAUUUCCUUAUCCUCAGUGAUUCGUAAAUUCAUAAUUUCUACUCUGCUUCUAUAAUCUAUAUGUUAGUGUUAAUUAAUAAGUUCUUUUUAUUUCAUUUAUUUUUCUUGGUUCUUUUUAUUUUACGGUUUAUGUUUUUUCAAUUUUUUUUAUGGCGAUGAAACUAUGGAAGCCUUAAUUGUGUUUGAAUGAUCAAAAUUUGGAGAUCAUUUUUUAGUGUGUAAUAUGUUUCUUUUUUGGAGUAGGAGAAUUUUCAUUCCAAGGUUUUUCUUUUCAGUCUGUAUAGUUUAAUAGAUAAUUAAGGAAUGUAGUGGUUAUCUUUGUGGGGCACAAUUUAUGUACAUAUUAAUUUAGCUUUAUCGGAUUAUAAGUCAACAUGUAUUGUUUAGUUUAUUAAUGUGAAUCGCACGCGUGGACAAACAUACAGUUUCUUAACCAUUUUGCCAACCUUA